AUGAUUAAUGACAGCAAAAAAAAAUUAACUGAAGCAACACAAUUAUUACAAAAAUUUAUUGAAAAUAAUAAACAAAAACGUAUUUCACUUUAUUGUCGUUUAAUAUAUGUUCAACUUCUUCUUUCACAAGCACAAAAAUUAUCAUCGAUUAAACAAUUAUCUGAAUGUAUUGAUGCUGAUAUGCUUGAAUCAACAUUUGGACUAAAGCAAGUUGAUUCAGGUUCGAAAUCAAUUAAUGCAGUAGUAACAGGUGCUACUAAACAAAAGAAAAAACGAAAGCGAAAAAUUCGUUUACCGAAAAAAUAUGAUACAACAUCAAAACCAGAUUCUGAACGUUGGUUACUAUUAUGUGAAUGUUCAUGUUAUCGUGGUAAACUAGCAGUUAUUGGUAAUGGUAUACAAGGUGCAGUUGAACCUGAUCAAUCAGCAACUAGUACUAUAACAACAUCAACUGGUGCACAAAAAUCAAUGUCAACAUCAAAAACAACAACUGGAGCAACUUCAACUCAACCAAAACCAACACCACCACCAGUAGAAUCAACCACAGGAAAAGGAAAAGGCAAACAUUUAAAAUAUUUGAUAUUUAAAAAAAGGGUGUGGAUGAAGGAAAGACCCACACCCACCCUGCUACUUGAGCAUGCAAUCAAAAGUUGGAGAUCUUGA